AUGGGAAAUUGCUUGAGGAAAAAGAUUCAAGAGCCAGAGUCACCAGUUGCCAUUAUUCCAAGGCCUCCCACUGGGGACAUUGGGUUACAAGUUUCUCUCCCCGAGAAGAAGAUUAAUGGAACAGUUGAAGAGAGAGCUCCAAAUGCUUCCCCAACUUUCUUACAAGGUCAAGAAAAGAAGACUAUACGUGAAAGACGUAGAUUACCACUUCAAGAAAGGAAUUCAAUCAUCUGUUCAAACACAGAUAUAGGUGCAGAAAAGAUUGGUAAAAAUACAAGGCAUGGUUAUGCAGCCACUCCAAGUCCAAAAAAUUGGACUUUGGAGACGGUAACUUGGAAGGAAGGAGGGUUCCGGGAUUACAAGCUUUACUGCUUUUGUUAUAGUUCCUUGAAAGCUGCCACACGCAAAUUUAGCAGUAAGAAUUUAAUCGGACAAGGCGGAUUCGGCGAUGUCUACAAAGGGUAUGUCAGUUAUUGCAACUUGAACUCUGCUGCAAAACCAAGUGAAGGAUUUCCUAUUGCUAUCAAAAGGCUCAGGAAGACUGGAGCACAAGGCCAUGAACAAUGGGAGAAUGAGAGGAAAUUUAUGAGCAAAAUAAGCCAUCCAAACAUAGUGAAGCUAAUAGGGUACUGCUGCGAAGGUGAGCACAGAAUGUUGGUCUAUGAGUAUAUGAGCGGAGGAAGCUUGGAGGCCCAACUCAUGACAGAAAAUGCUACACUACUAGAUUGGAGCAGAAGAAUCAAAGUAGCACUUGGGGCGGCCAAGGCUCUGAAUUGUCUUCACACUCAUAAGACGCCAUUCAUUCAUCGCGAUCUAAAAGCUUCGAAUGUUCUGUUGGAUGAUGACUGCAAUGCUAAGCUUUCAGACUUUGGCCUUGCUAAAUAUGGACCCCGAGAUGGCCAGGACCAUGUAAUGACAAGGAUUCUUGGCACCAAAGGCUACAUUGCACCUGAAUACAUAGGGACAGGGCAUGUGACACUCAAAACCGAUGUAUACAGCUUUGGUGUGGUGCUCUUGGAGAUUUUGUCAGGCUCCUGUGCCGUGAAGAAAUACUCGGAUGGGAUGGCGGGUGAUCUAACCAAGUGGGCUGAACCAUAUCUUAGUAACAGGCGGAAGCUGCAUCAUGUGAUUGACCAGAGACUUGGAAAUAACUUCCCUGUGGAAGAAGCUCACAAGUUUGCUGAGCUCAUCCUCCGGUGCCUUGAUUCAGACCCCAAGAGCAGACCAACAAUGGCUGAAGUUGUGGGUGAUUUGGAGCAGUUACAAGAAAACAGAAGCAGCAGCAAUCGGGUCUCGGUCCAUGUUACUACGUUCACCCCAUGCCCUCCUUACAGAAGCAUUUUCCCUGGAUGA